GAUUAAACGUCGAGGAGAUUUUUGCUGAAAAGUUAACUAUGUUUCUUGUGAAAAUUUGUGCUUUUACUUUAUUCGUUUGAUUAAAACUAUUAAUAAUAGUUCAACAAUGGCGGUUAAAAAGAAAACAUUUGCUGAACGCAAAAAUCGUGAAAAAGUGAACAAAAAUAUUGAUUAACCAAUAGGCAACUAAAGAACAAAAACAAUUUUGUGAAAUCGAUAAUUAAAAAUUGAAUCAACUCUCGAGUGUAACAAAAAAUCAACAACAAAUAUGGACGGACAGAGGGCUCGGGAUAUACUAACACUACUACAGGAGCGUGUUGUAUGCCUCACGGGUGGACGUGAUAGACGUGGCGGUCCCUUAUUAUGCUUUCCAGCAACACCAAAACGUGAUCGACUCAAACCGGAGGAUUUGAGGCGUUUGUUGAGUUAUUUGAUCAUGAUACCAAGCGACUCGGCGAAGAACCUCGGCUUCACGGUUAUCAUUGAUAUGCGAGGCAAUGGCAAUUGCUCCACCAACCUAAAGACAAUACUCAAAGUACUGCAGGAGCAUUUCAGCGCCAACAUACACAACGUUGUACUCAUUAAACCGGAUAACUUCUGGCAGAAGCAGCGAGCUUCUAUAUCGACAAAUAAAUAUAAAUUUGAAACAUCGAAUAUAUCGAUCGAAGCGCUACACAAAAUUGCCGAGUCGCAUCAGUUGACAUCCGAUUUUGACGGCACACAGCCGUACGAUCAUCAACAGUGGACUGAAUCGCGCUUAGCGAUUGAAGAUUUCUUUUGGCAAGCGAGCGAUAUGGCCGAUCGCAUCGACGAUCUGCAGGAGGACUUGCAGCGCAAUGACUUCGCCGAAGAUGUGAAUGGCGCCAAGCAUUCACUCGAUCAUCACAACGAAAUGAAGAAGAAAAUACAAAAUCUACCAAUUGAAGAUUUGGAAUUGCAAAGCAAGAAACUGCUGGCCAAAAUAAAUAAGAACGCCGGCGGCGGUGGUGUGCCGGGCAGGCAGCCCUGUGUUGGCCCCGGCGCUGAUUGUGGCGGCAGCGAUUCUGGUACUUCAACGCAAACACAAAACUCUUCGCCGGCUUUUCGUGCUGCCACCAAUAAUCCCGACAUGGCUGCGGCCAUCAAUAAAGCAUUGCGUCAGGUGGACCUCAUUCGUAACGGGCAACAGCGUCUGCUCACUUUGUGGCAGCAUAAAAAGUCCAAACUGGAUCAGUGCUUUCAGUGGCGGCUCUUCGAACAGGACUGCGAGAAAAUGUUUGAUUGGAUAUUGCACAAUCGCGAUGUCUUUCAGAUGUCGUAUGUUGAAAUCGGACAUAAUUAUUCUGUUGCCAAAUCGUUGCAGGAUGAGCAUCAGAAAUUCGCUGUGGCCUCAAUGAAUGUCUCAGUUAAUAUUGAUCGCAUACUGGCGGUGGCCUCACGCCUCAUCGAAAGUCAGCAUUACGCCGCGCAGCAUAUUAAAACAUUGGCCACACGACUCGAUCGCACUUGGAAAGACUUUGCUGCUGGGCUGGAUGAACGCACAGCCGUAUUGCAACUGAGCGUACUCUUCCACCACAAAGCCGAGCAGUAUUGUAAUAGCGUAGUCUCAUGGGCUGCUGCAUGCCAAGCAUCACAGCCGCUACCAUUCGAUAUACAAAGUCUGGAGACAGCAAUACGAACUCAUCAGUCACUCUACGAAGCGAUGUGUCAGGCCUAUACGGAGGUGCACUCAACCAGCAAAAAACUACUUUACCAAUUGGAUCACCUCGUGCAGGUGUGCAACCAACCGCCACCGCCGGGUGUGCCCGAUCACCGCAAGAACAGUAGCUUUAAUAAAUACGAACGACAGAAUCCGGCUGCGGACUACAGUGAGGGCGCUUCCCACGUGCUCGCCGUCAUACACCAAAUACUCGGACAUCAUCGCUCGUUGGAGGCGAAGUGGCAUCAGGAAAAAAUACGUUUGCAUCAAACAUUGGCGCUACGUCUCUUCCAAGAGGACGUGAAGCAGGUGCUAGAUUGGCUAAAGAAUCACGGGGAAGUGUUUCUGCGCAAAAAUACCGGUAUUGGGCGGAAUCUGCAGAAGGCACGCGUCUACCAAAAGUCACAUGAGCAUUUCGAAAAUGUCGCCCAGAACACUUAUAGCAAUGCAGAGAAGCUACUUUCAGCUGCAGAUGAGUUGGCACGUAGUGGCGAGGCAGAUCCCAAUGAGAUUUACUCAGUCGCACGGGAACUGGAGUUGCAGGUUGCCAGUUUCGCUGAACGUGUGGAGCAGCGUCGAAGACGCUUGGAAAUGGCUGUUAUAUUUUAUACACACGAGAAGGAGGUGACCGCUUGGAUUGACCAAUUGCGCACCGAUGUUUCCACUGAUCAAACUAUGCUCUCACAAGAGAAUCUCGAGGGCAUUGAGCGACACCUGCAACAAUUUCGUGAACAGCAAGAAAGCACGCUUAAAGGUUGUAUGCAGACCAUAGCACAGGGAGAAGCGCUCUUGCAGGAAAUGCGCUCACUCGAAUAUGACGAAAAUAGCGUCUCCAUAUCGGGACUCGAAACAACACUAGAGAAGUUGACAAAACAGAAAGUUGAAUUGGAGGAGUUGUGGUCAGCGCGUCAAUAUCGUGCUGAUCUCAUACGCCGACUGCGUUAUUUCGAACGUGACGCCAUGGAAUUAUCAUCACAAUUGGAAAUUUGGUCGGAAGAGUUACAGCAUGCCGACUUGUCGCGUGACUAUCAAAAAGCUGAACAGUUGAUACGCAUGCAUAACGAUUCCGUAACUGAUAUACAAAACACCACCUACGAGAUCCUCCAACAGGGUCAAGAUUUACUGCAAAUGUUUGAGACGGCUGGCAUCAUUUCGAUGGCUGAUGCCACACAUACAGCGCAGGCGCGCAUUCAGUCACUCUUGGACUUUUUGAGUGAUCGGGAAAUGGACCUAGAGGAACUGUCUGAAGCAAAACGCGCUAAACUAGAGCAAGCUGUACAGUUGUGUCAGUUUCAAAAUGAUGCCAAUCAAGUCAUCUCGUGGAUACGCAAUGGCGAAGCAAUGCUGGUCGCCAGUUUUGUUACGCCUAAUAGUUUGCAGGAAGCAGAACAGCUGCGUAAGGAGCACGAACAAUUUCAGGUCGCCAUAGAGAAGACACACACCUCCGCUGUGCAAGUGAAAUAUCGCGCUGACGCACUCAUCAAUGCCAAUCACUAUGAUCCCCAGUCGAUACGUGAAAUAUCCGACGAUGUCACCAAGAAGUGGCAACAGUUGGUCACCUAUGCCGAGGAGCGUCACAAACUUGUUACGGCCUCAAUGAAUUUCUAUAAAACCGCCGAGCAGGUGUGCUCCGUACUCGAUAGUUUAGAGCGUGAGUACCGUCGCGAAGACGAUUGGUGUGGCGGUGGUGGUUCCAGUGAUAAAGCUCAAACCAUUGUGCAACUAAUUUCAAAGCAUCAGGAACAGAAGGAGGCAUUCCUCAAAGCGUGCACACUCGCACGUCGUACCGCCGAAACAUUCCUCAAAUACGCCAAUCGUUCGCAACAGUACUACAAAUACCAAAUGCAGGGCAACUGCGAAACGCAUGUACGCACCAUACUCGACAAGUUGUUGACACAAGAAAAUCAGGUGCUCGAAUUCUGGACACAACGCAAAAAGUCGCUCGAUCAAUGUCAACAAUUUGUACUUUUCGAACGCAGCGCUAAACAGGCCAUCGAGUGGAUACACAACACCGGCGAGGCUUACCUCUCGUCACGCACCAAUUUGGUUGGCAAGACGCGCGAAGAGACCGAAGGUCUGCUCAAAGAGCACAACGAAUUUCGCGGUACUGCUAAGGAGACACGUGAACGUGUCAAGCUGCUAAUACAGUUGGCCGACAGUUUAGUGGAGAAGGGGCAUGCACAUGCUAGCGCUAUCAAGCAGUGGGUGGCGUCUGUCGAUCAAAGAUACAAGGACUUUAGCAAUCGAAUGGACACUUAUAGAGAACAAUUGGAAAAGUCCUUGGGCAUGUCAAUGGCGGUGCCCGUUGAAUCGGACGCCAAUUCUUCAAUCAGCUCAGCUUCUGGCUCCACAACCGAUCGCCAUUCCGAUCCCUCGCUAGAGGCCAAACUCACCACAUCCUCAACAGCAGCAUCAAAGGAAAUUAACGAAGAGAAACGUAAAUCAGCACGUAGAAAAGAGUUUAUUAUGGCUGAGCUAAUGCAGACGGAGCGUACCUAUGUGAAAGACUUGGAGACAUGUAUUAAAUGUUUCCUUGAAGAAUUCCGCACAGGUCUGGGUGUACCAACAGCAUUGGUCGGCAAGGAGGAUACCUUAUUCGGCAAUAUACGUGAAAUUUAUAAUUUCCAUCAGAAAAUAUUUCUACGCGAAUUGGAAAAGUACGAAACUAUGCCCGAAGAUGUUGGACAUUGUUUCGUCACUUGGGCCACCAAAUUCGAUAUGUAUGUGUAUUAUUGUAAAAAUAAACCAAUUUCAAAUAAUCUAAUGGUACAACAUUCGGGCACCUACUUUGAUGAGCUACAACAUCGACACAAAGUUGAACAUCCGCUACCAGCGUUUCUCAUUAAACCUGUACAACGUAUAACGAAAUACCAGUUAUUACUCAAAGAUCUACUCUCUUGUUGUGAGGAGAGUCAUGGUGAAAUUAAAGAAGGUUUGGAGGUUAUGUUAAAUGUACCGAAGAAGGCGAAUGAUGCAAUGCAUUUGUCGUUGUUGGAGAACUGUGAUGUGCCCAUUGAUAAUUUGGGUGAGGUGGUAUUGCAAGAUGCAUUCCAAGCAUGGGAUACGAAACAAUUGAUACGUAAAGGACGAGAGCGGCGUGUAUUCUUAUUCGAAUUGUAUUUACUCUUUGCCAAGGAGGUGAAGGACUCAAAUGGUUCUGUGAAAUAUCAAUUCAAGAGCAAACUCAUGACAACUGAUAUGGGCAUCACCGAACAUAUUGAAGGCGAUGAAACUAAAUUUGCUGUAUGGACUGGCCGCUCUCCAAUGCUCUCUGAUUGUCGCAUUGUCUUAAAGGCAAAUAGUUUGGAGACCAAACAGAUUUGGGUUAAGAAAAUGCGUGAAGUUAUGCAAGAAACCUGCUUUUCCGGCACAUCACUUACUUUACCUAAAUCGCCAGCCAAAAAUUCUGGCUCAUCACAACGUUCAUCGCGUGAUUUAGAUGAACCAUUGACGGAGAACGAUCAUGAUCGUUGCUCAUUGGCCAGUUUCGGCUCCGGUAAUACGACAGAUAGUGACAAUAAGAUUGGUAGCCACGAGGGUACUUGGGUGGUCGCCGAUUACAUAGCUACGCCUGGCUCCAAUGAGUUGAGUGUGUCUAAAGGGCAACAAGUUGAGGUUGUAGAAGCACCAUCAGCUGCCGAGCCAGAUUUCUGUUUAGUACGUCUAAAUCCGCAAAGCGACGAUGCAGCUGUACAAGAAGGUUUGGUGCCUGUUUCGAUACUUAAACCAUCGCCAGGCGCACAGAAGAGCAGUUCAGCGCGGAAGGAAACAGCAAACGAUGUCAUGCAGGAGCAAGCUAACAAUCGCGGCAAACCUGACCCAUUGACUUCAUCAACCAAACGUCGUGGAUUUAGCGGGCCAAAAUGGUUCCCUCUACGUAGCAAAACAUCACAGAACAAGAACGAGAAAACGCCAACAGAUAAAAUACUUACCAAGAAAUCCUCAGAGAAGAGCUUAAGAUUGACACAAAAACAAAGUGAACAAGAUGAGAAGAACCUUUCCACAUCAGCCACAGUAAGCAGUCGGAGUCAUCACCAUGGCACAACGGCGUCGGCGACCGCACAGGCCAAUGCCGCACAAGCAGCCGACUAUGAGGUCGAAGAGGAAGCUGGCCUCGAAUUGCCACCGCCUAUGAAGCCGCUGCAGGAGCCACACUUAAUGGCAAAUGGUCCGCCAGUGUUUGCCAAGGAUCUGAAAGAGAAUUCCAAAAACAUGGCAAGUGCCGGAAAGAUGGAAGGCAAUCCCGCCGUAGAUUUAUCAGAAAUCGAGCAAAUUGUCAAAGAGAAAACCGAACAACACGAGGAAAAAUCUAAAAUAUUAAAACCAAAUGCAAACAAUUGCAGCAGUAGUAGCAACGCUGAUGUUUGCGCCAGCAAUGGUUGCAGCACAGUCAGUGAGCGAACAAAUGUUGCCGAUAGUUAUGAGCAUAGCAACUCGUAUAAUCAUGAGGAGCGCAGCACAGAAAACAGUGAUAUUGAGAGUGCGCUUAGAAAGCGUCAGUAUGCAAUUGAUGAAUUAAUAACCACCGAAAAGUCAUAUAUCGAGGACUUGCGUAGUAUUGUUCAUGGUUACCUAGCAGAAGUGCUCGAUCCCAAUAGUGAUAUACCAAUACCCGAUGAUCUGAAAGGCGGCAAAGAACGCAUGGUUUUUGGCAACAUAGAAGCCAUCUAUGAGUGGCAUAAGAAAUCCUUUUUGGAUGCGUUAGUACGUUGUCGCAACUCGCCCGCUGAUUUGGGCCCUAUAAUCAAACGUUAUUACCAUAAAUUUGAUAUGUACAAUAAAUAUUAUCAAAAUAAGCCGGUCUCAGAUCAUAUUGUGACCACACAUCUCGUAUAUUUUGAUCAAAUCAGACAGAAGCUUGGUAGUCGUUUGGAUCUCAACGAUUUGCUCAUAAAACCAGUGCAGAGAUUACCUAAAUAUGAAUUAUUAUUCAGAGAAAUUGCCAAACAUUCACGCGCUGCUGAACGUGAUGCCGAAGUUGUGGGCAUUGAACAGGCUAUGCAAGAAAUGGGUAGGAUUUGUAAAGCUGCUAAUGAAGCGAUGGAGUUGCGUCGCUUACAAAAAUUCGAGGGAAAAAUCGCAUCGCAGGGUAAACUUCUUAUGCAUGACAAACUGUAUUGUAUUGAAGACGAAAAGGCGGCGGAACGUAAUGCCUAUAUGUUACAAAAGCCGCGAGAACUUUAUGUUUUCUUCUUCGAGCAAUGCAUCAUAUUUGCGGAUAUAGAUGGCAAGAAAAUGCAAUUUAGUAGUCCGACAUAUACCUAUCGUUCGCACAUACAGGUCAAUAAAAUGCAAUUGGAAGAAUUGGAAAACAAUCGUUUUCAGCUCAAAUCAACCGAUCCAAAUAAACCGGGUCUAAAAAUCAUCUGCUACGCCUCCACACCAGAGCUAACCAAUGAGUGGUUAUGCAAAAUACGUAAUAUACUAACGAAACAACAUGAAUUCCUUAUUGCAUUAACCAGUCCAAUCGAAUAUCAACAACAGCAACAGCAGCAGAAUUAAAAAAGCAUACGCUAAAGAACAACAACAAGCAGAACACACAAAACAAACAACAAUCAUGUACAAUUAUUUGCAACAAAGCAUUUCAUGGAAAUUAAAAAUAGUACGAAACUAAAAUCUUUUUGUUGGUUGUAUAAUCAUGGCAAAAUGAAAUUUUUAAUUGAAAAAUGGAGUUAAAUAGAAUGUUGGGAGAGAGAGAGAGAGCGAGAGCGAGAGAGUUCAUAUAAAAUAUGAAAAUUAUCUGGCGGUUAGUGGAUGAAAUGCAAGACAAAGUAGCAUAAAAGUGCUGCAAGACACACACAUAUACAUACACAUGCACUAACGCUUUUGAUAUUCUAACAAUUUUUAAUUACUUUCUCUAACUUUAAAAAUUUAUAUUGUGCGCCUUAUGUUGAAAUAGUUGAGAAAAAGACUAUCUAUAGAGAACUCACGCCAAUUUCAAAUCUUAUUCAUAUAUACAUACUUAUCUAAAUCUAUCCCUUUUUUAUUUUCUAGUACUUUGGGUGCAUUUUAUUCAUCUAUAUGUAUGUUUACAUAUAUGAAUUGCAAUAAGUAUUAGCCGUUAGUCUGGCUGUAGUUAAGUCAUGGCAAUACAUACAAUACAUAUUUAAAUACAAGAAAAUAAAAUAAAAACAAAAUGCAUUGCAUGUAAUCUUCAGGAAAGUAGUUUUCAAGAAAGUAAGUUAUUUUUUAAAAUGAAAUCAUUUUAUUUCAACAAAUUCGUGUAUUUUUAGUGAGUAGAUUUCCAAAAAAAAAAAUAUGAAAAA